GUUUGUUUGUUUUUUUAAAGUAAGUAUUAAUGUAGGCUGGCUGACAGAGAGCAGAGCUAUAAACUCCCACUCAGGGUGAAACUGUGUGAAACCGAAAAGCAGGUCAGAAAUCAAUGAAGUGAGCGCGCGCGCGGUGACGCUACACUCCCGAAGGAAGCCGUAAAGAAGCCGUAAAGUGUGUUUUUCCGGAAGUUUACCAACAACUGCAACGACUCUUGUUGAACCAUGGAAACAGUUGGCUUUUCGCAGGCGCUGUCGAUACAGCACAAAGCAGAGUGACGAAGUGGACUUCAGACGCAGGUCUGUUUAAGUGGAGAAGAUGACUUCCCCAUGGUGUGUACUUGGAAACAAAAUCACAUCUCUGGGUUUGGUCGACCUCUCCAAGCGCACGCACGUGUCAAACUCUGGCAUAUCUUGUACAGUGAUCUUUCCUGACAGCACAACGCACACUUUCACAGUCAGCAAACAUGAUGCUGGACUUUUGUUAUUUGACCUUGUUUUUGAACACCUGGGCAUAAUCGAGAAGCAGUACUUCAGUCUGCAGAUCACUGAAGAUACCUCUAGUUCACCUAGGUGGCUGGACCCCAGCAAACCUUUCAAAAAGCAGCUUAAAGGUUCUGCUCCGUUCUAUUUAAUAUUCCGAGUGCGGUUCUUCAUCUCUGAUCCUAACUCUCUUCAGCAUGAACAGACCAGGCACUUUUAUUUUAUGCAAAUUAAGAAAGACAUUCGGGAGGGCAGGUUAAAGUGUCCACUAAGCUCUGCUGUAGUGCUGGCAUCCUAUGCUGUUCAGUCUGAAUUUGGAGACCAUGUUCCUGAGAAUCCCGCUGGAUAUCUUGGCCAGAUCCAAUUUCUUCCUGAUCAGGACAAGGACUUCCUUUUUAAAGUGGAGUCAUUACAUCCUCAGCACAAAGGCCUGUCUCAGAGUGAGGCAGAGUUGUGUUACCUGAACACAGCUAGAACCUUAGAACUCUAUGGAGUAGAGCUUCAUAGUGCAUGGGACGUUAGUAACCCAUCUCUCUGGGUUGGGAUUGCAUCAGGAGGUGUGGCCAUGUUUUGCGAUUUGGUUUGUUCCAGUUUCUUCCCCUGGAUCAAUAUAAUCAAGAUUUCCUUCAAAAGAAAGAGAUUCUUUAUUCACCUUCGGCGGAAACAUGGGGAGGUUGGACAACAAGUGGUGUCUCUGUCCAUGCCCAAUGCUCGUUCCUGUAAAAACUUCUGGCGAUCCUGCGUGGACCAUCACGCAUUCUACAGCAGAAGAAACUUGCAUGCCAUCUCCAAACCUAGGUCUGUCCCUCUAUAUCGGAAACUAGUAGGUGAGGUGAUGUGGAACCCUUUAAUAAAGUCUCUUUCCACUGAACAUCUUGAAACCAAAAGUCUUCCCUCCAGAUCUCCACCCAGUACACCUAACUGGCGUAGCCCUCGUUUGCGUCAUGACGUUCGUAAGCCACGUCCAUCUUCUGUAGACAACCUUACCAAUGACAUGUGUUAUGUGACUGAAAGUGAAGAUGUGUUCUAUACUUACAGGAAAGCUCAGGAAGACGAGAAGCCCAGCAAUGUGCAGUCUCCAUUUGAUGAAAGCACUUUGGAUGAGGAAGACUGGCACUGUCUCUGGAAUAAGGAUAUGGAAGCUGAUGGGGAGCUUCUGCUAAUCAGAAUCAGCCCUGACAAUGAUGGCAAGUUUGGAUUCAAUGUCAAAGGAGGUGUGGAUCAAAAGAUGCCUUUGGCAAUCUCUCAUGUAAACCCUGAUUCUCCGGCUGGUCGCUGUGUUCCUGCAUUGCUGGAGGGAGAUCAAGUGCUCUUAAUAAAUGGGCGUGACAUCUCAGAACACACACAUCAACAAGUGGUCAUGUUCAUCAAAGCCAGCAGAGAGUCCCACAGCAAGGAGCUUGCCCUGCUUGUACGCAGAAAAGGCAUCUCUUUGCGAGCUGAAACCGCACUGCAAUUUCCAGGCAGUUUUAGCCUUCAGGAAGAAAUUCCUCCAUCGCCUGGUCACCCAUCUGGAGAGACGCUGCACGAGUCGAUGACCCGUCUGGAGAGGGGACUAACUUCUGGCACUUUGCUCAUGCAAUUUGAGAAGUUACACAGGAAGAAAGCAGAACUGUUAAUGUCUUGUGCAAAACUGUCUGAGAACAUGGAAAAGAAUCGGUACAAAGAUGUAUUACCAUAUGACAUCACCAGGGUGGUGUUACAGACGGAGGAGGAUAAUUACAUCAAUGCAAGUCAUGUGAAGACUGAGCCAGCAGGUACCACGUUACAGUAUAUGGCAGCACAGGGACCAUUGCCCAACACAUGUACUCACUUCUGGAGGAGUGUAUGGGAGCAGGGAGUCAGUGUGAUCAUCAUGCUGACCACACUCACCGAGAGAGGACGGACCAAAUGCCACCAAUACUGGCCUCAUCCUCCUGAAGUCAAGGACUAUGACUACCUUCAAGUGUGCUGUCAUUCUGAAGAGUGUAACCUGGCCUAUGUCACCAGAGAGCUAACGCUCACACACACUCAGCUGGGUGAACAACGCUCUAUUACACACCUACAGUAUGUGGCCUGGCCAGAUCAUGGGGUCCCAGAUGAGUCUUCCGACUUCUUGGACUUUGUCCAGGCAAUGAGAAGCAAACGAAGGGGCACUGAACCACUUAUGGUCCACUGCAGUGCUGGGAUUGGACGGACAGGUGUGCUCAUCACCAUGGAGACUGCCCUGAUCCUGAUGGAGGGGGCACAGCCAGUGUAUCCUCUUGAAAUUGUUGCUUUGCUGAGGGAGCAAAGAGCCAUGAUGGUCCAAACUUCGUGCCAAUUCAGCUUUGUAUGUCAGGCUAUCCUGCAUGUCUACCGAGAGAGAUUCAAACACAGCAACACAACCUGCAGCUGACAAGAGGAGGACAGGAGGAAUGGAUAUGAAUACAGAUAACAAAGAGAUUAAAAACCAAUUGGUUGUUGGGUAUGAUGGAUGAUAGGUUGUAAGAGGGAGAUUUAACCAGGUUUUUGUCAGGUCUUCUGUUUUCAGGGGGCAGAGAUAAAGACUGACGCAAAAGCAAAGCAGUAAAAAGUAAAGAAAGUGAUUUAAUAGAGAUGUAUAGUAAAGGAAAAUUUGGGAUCUACACUACUUAUGUACACGACUGUAGUGCUUUAGCUUUGAGGUGCAGGUCACAGUUCCACCUGGAUUCAUUGCCUCCCUGACGUGGAAUCAUCCCUCAUCUUGGGGUGGGAGGAAUGCUGAAAAUGAAAACUGGAUUUAAAGAAUGUAAACUGACUCGCAGUAGACAUUCUAUACAUCUUUAGCGAGAUUCAAAGUUUUGCUCUGCUUGUUAAAGGUAAAUAUGCAGUAAGUCAUCCAGGCACUUACUGACACGGAUACACUGCCAUGCUGCUAAUAACCAGACCUUUACUACACACAAUUUUACAAUCAAGAGACCAAAAAGCAAGACCACCAGUGCCCUCAGAACUGUGUAUCUUCAUUUAUGGCUUGCAAGAAGGUUCUGGGUUCGAGCCCAGCAGCUGGCGGGGGUCUUCGUGUGGAGUUUGCAUGUUCUCUCCGUGUCCGCAUAGGUUUCCUCCGGGUGCUCCAGUUUCCCCUACAGUUCAAAGGUUAAUAUGGGACGACCUUGGGCUGAGGUGCCCUUGAGCGAGGCAUCCAACUCCCAACUGCUCCCCAGGUGCUGUUAGCAUGGCUGCCUACUGCUCUGGGUAUGGGUUAAAGGCAGAGAAAGUUCUUCUUAUUCAUUGUUACUGCCUCAUUUUGGUCGGUGUCAUGGUGGAUCUGGAUUGUCGGAACACUGGGCAUGAGGUGGAUAAGACACCAGUCCAUCUCUCACUAUAAACAUGCAUUCACUCUUAAGAUAAUUUGAUGUAAUCAGUCCACCUAUUGAGAUGUUUUUGGAGAUGGGAAGAAACCGGAAAACCUGGAGGAAACCAUGGACACAGGGAAAACGUGCACCGGAUCUUAAGAAGACAAAAAGCACUUUGCCACUUUUAGACCUGUAUAAUUCUAUAGGAUGCACACAAAGACGCAGUCUGAAUAGAAAUACUAUUACAAUCGAUCAGUUAUCACUUUAUUAUUAAAGAAAUAAAUAAAUGAAAUAUUUA